AUGGCAAAUGCAGACAGCGAGGUGAGAACGUUGCUGAAUUUCGUGAACCUGGCUUCCAGCGACAUCAAGGCGGCCUUGGAUAAGUCGGCCCCGUGCAGACGCUCGGUGGACCACAGGAAGUACCUGCAGAAACAGCUCAAGCGCUUCUCUCAGAAAUACUCCCGAGUGCCAAGAUGUCACCCGCUCAGGUCCGCUCAGUGUGCCAAGCCCGUUGCGGGUCUGCAGGGUCCGCCGGGGCCGGAAAAGAGCGGUGGCGGUGUGCAAUCGAGCGCGGGCAAAGUGGGGGGUUCUGUGGAGCAGGUGCCCAUGAGGAAACGCCAGCUCCCGGCCUCUUUUUGGGAGGAACCCAAGCUGAGCAAGCGGGAGAACUCCCACUCAGGACUGAGAAAGAGUCACGCCGCCUCGAUGGAGACGAGAGAACACAGGAAGGGAGGUCAAGAUGAGGAUGCCGAGGUCACGCUCUCCAGAGAGGCGCUCAAAUUGGAGCGGAACUCUCACCACGGCUUGAGCGUGUGCGCCUCCUGCCCUUUCCACUUCCACCAACACCAUCAGCACCAACAGCAGAUUCUCCACGGUCAAAUCGUGGUGCCCCAUCCAGCUCUAGGACUGUGGUGCAAGGCCGAGCCCGAGCCAGUAGAACAGCCGCACGGACAGAAGAUUCAGACUCACGUGGUGGUCAAACCUAUACCCACCAAGCCCACCAUCCCAUCUCCUAUCUUCAGCGUGUUUGGCUUCAUUUAA